UUGAAAAUUAAUGCUCAAUCUCAUCUUCCUACGACAUCUCGUGUGAAGGCUCGUGAUCUUCAACAGAAAGUACUAGAGAUUGAAAGAUAUGAUUAUCAUUCGGAGAAAUUCAAAGAUAUCUGGGAUAUACGGCUGAAAGUUUUCGUUGAAGAACAAGGGGUUCCUGAAGACGAGGAACUCGAUGCAUAUGAAGAGUCUUCGGAGCAUUUUCUUUGUUUUGAUCCAGAAGAAAAUAAGAAUGUGGGAGUAUUUCGUUUGAAUGUGAAAGAGCCUUUUGUCAAACUUGAACGAGUUGCAAUCUUGAAGGAAUGUCGUGGAAAACGAUUUGGAGCCGUUAUUACAAACUGGCUGUUGAAGUAUUGUAAAAACAAAUGGCCAAAUCUGUUAGUUGUAGCUCAUGCUCAAUCAUCAGUCUUACCUUUCUAUGGAAAGCUUGGAGCUAUUGUUGUAUCAGAUGAAUAUCUGGACGAAGUCAAUAUACUACAUCGAACAGUCAUAUUUCCUGAUCUUACCUACAUUUCUCAAUAUGAUGUUCGACAGUAUGAUGAGAAUCUAUCAACGUGUGUCUACAAAGGUGAAUAUAAUGAUCCGAAUGUUAUCAAAAACAUCAAAUCACUUCUGCAUGAUAUACAAGAGAAUAGAUUUAUAACAUUGGGCACUUUAAUUGAAUUAUGCGAUUCAAGAAUCAUUGGAUUAGGCCUGUUCAACAAAUUUGUCAAAUAUGCUACAUGGAUCAUUGAACAACAAUCACGUACAAAUGUCUUUAAAGAUUUAUUUGUGCCAUCCUAUCCAUUGGAGCAACUGAUCAAAGAUGAAACGUUUUUGAUACAUAUGGCUUGGAAAGAAUUGAAUACUGGUCAUUAUUCGAAUGUAGAUGAACGUUGGAGAUAUUUCUAUUUUGGUGUAUUACUUGCCAAAACAGUUCGAUUACGAAAUGAGCAUAACUAUAAGGAAGCAUUGAACGCAUUCGAUAUGGCAAUUUUGAUGGGACGUCAUAAGUUUGAUGACUGUUUUAUUCUCAAUAUAACAAAUGAUUUGAAGAAUUCGUUAGAACGUUUGCCUAUUGUAGACUGUCAUUUGAAAAAUAUUCAGCCGCCAAUCAGUUUAGAGCAUUCCAAGAACAUUUCAAUUCAGCAACAUGAUUUGAGUGAUGAAGCAUUCUACGAGCAAUAUGGUUUACCUAAUCUUCCUGUUCAUAUCCGUAAUCUGGUGCAGAGCUGGCCUGCAUUCACGAAAUGGAAUUUUGAAUAUUUGAACGAUGUCAUGGGUCAUAGGCUAGUACCCAUUGAAAUAGGCACCAAAUACACUGAAGAUGGUUGGUCACAGAAAAUUAUUUCUGCUAAUGAGUUUUUCGGAAAAUGCAACGAAAGUUCUGGAGACGAGGGGAUUCAUUAUCUUGCUCAACACCGGUUACUCGAUCAAAUCGUUGAGUUGAAGGCCGACAUAACCACUCCUUCCUUAUGCACUGUCACCGGGGCUUCAGAAGAGGACACUGAGAAAAACCUCUGGAUAGGGCCUCAAGGAACAGUGUCUCCUCUCCACACUGAUCCACGACAUAACUUAUUCUGUCAGGUGUACGGAAGGAAGUUCUUACGUUUAAUCCCUCCAACAGAUACAGAACACGUCUAUCCCAUUCAAGAUGGCAUUUUAACGAACACUAGUCAGGUUGAUGUGGAGCAUCCGGAUUACGAAGAAUUUCCAAAUUUCGCAAAAGCUCAGUGUUUCGAUGUGAUUUUGGAAGCAGGAGAUGCUCUAUAUAUCCCGAAAAAGUGGUGGCAUUUCGUGAAAUCACUGAGUCCAUCAAUAUCAGUCUCAUGCUGGUUUGAUUUGGAAUUAGAAGAUUGA